GCUCCGCCCUCCCCCGGGCGGGAGGCAGCUCUCGGGCAGGUUCGGCGCCUCCUGGCCGCCCGGAGGGGGUUGAGGCGGCCCGGGUGGGAGAGCGGGGCGGGGCGGAGCGGGCCGGAGGCGGGUGCGGCGCGGACCGGUGCCUGUUGCCCCGAGAGAGUUAACAGCGCGGGGAGAGUCGCCGCUUCUCUGCCCGUGCCUGGCUCCUGGCAACCGGGGCGCCGCGCAUGUAGGGCCGCCGGGGGCUGCCGGCGCCGCCGCCGUCCCCCGCCCCGGACAACGUGCCCAGGCGUGAAGUAUGGCAUGCAAAGAUGGUUUCUGCCAAGGAGCCAGCCUUCGCCAUGUCCUCGGGUCUCUCCAUCGCCCUUCUGCACUGUCUGUGCCUGGCGACGUGUCUCACCGGGCCGCCAGGACAGAUCAAAAAAGAGGAGAAAUUGUGGCCGGAGAAUUUCACCAGCAUCCUCAACAGUCUCCUGGAUGGCUAUGACAACCGGCUGCGCCCGGGAUUCGGAGGUCCUGUUACUGAAGUCAAAACAGAUAUAUAUGUCACCAGUUUUGGACCUGUUUCUGAUGUAGAAAUGGAGUAUACAAUGGAUGUCUUCUUCCGUCAGACAUGGGUAGACAAAAGAUUAAAAUAUGAUGGCCCUAUUGAAAUUUUAAGACUUAACAACUUGAUGGUCUCGAAGGUGUGGACUCCUGACACUUUCUUCAGGAAUGGGAAAAAGUCUGUUGCACAUAACAUGACUGCCCCAAAUAAACUCUUCAGAAUAAUGAGGAAUGGCACGAUCCUGUAUACAAUGAGGCUUACAAUAAGUGCAGAGUGUCCCAUGAGAUUAGUGGAUUUUCCCAUGGAUGGUCAUGCUUGUCCUCUCAAAUUUGGGAGUUAUGCGUAUCCAAAGAGUGAAAUGAUUUAUACCUGGACAAAAGGACCUGAGAAGUCAGUGGAAGUUCCUGAGGAGUCUUCCAGUUUAGUUCAGUAUGACCUGCUAGGGCAUACGGUGUCCAGUGAAACCAUUAAAUCUAUUACAGGUGAAUAUAUUGUUAUGACAGUUUACUUCCACCUCAGACGGAAAAUGGGUUAUUUUAUGAUUCAGACAUAUAUCCCGUGCAUUAUGACCGUCAUCCUUUCUCAAGUUUCAUUUUGGAUAAAUAAGGAAUCUGUACCAGCUAGAACUGUAUUUGGAAUAACCACAGUGUUGACAAUGACGACACUGAGCAUCAGUGCAAGACACUCACUGCCAAAAGUAUCAUAUGCUACUGCCAUGGACUGGUUCAUUGCGGUCUGCUUUGCCUUUGUGUUUUCUGCUCUUAUUGAGUUUGCUGCUGUCAACUAUUUUACUAAUAUUCAAAUGGAAAGAGCCAAAAGGAAGACGGUAAAAUCCCUCCUUGAAUUUCCAGUUGCUCCAAUACAAAGAGAAAAAAAUACAGAAGAGACGCACACGCCCCAAAAUCUUCCCCUGCCAUCCCAGCAUCUUCCUAUUCCCUGUAGAGGAGGCAGUGAAUAAAGUUCUUGACAUUAGUCUCAGCUGGUCUUCUGCAUCCUGGCCCAACUCACCAGACUUGUGUCUCCAGCUCAGAACUGUGAAACAGAAGAGCCUGUUUUGCAUUUCCUUGGGGACAGCUACUCUGGAGGCAUGCAGUUCUCUCUACAGGGCAAUCAGAAAAAAGUGUUCAGCUUAUUCUUCAGAAUCUGGAUGCAGAGUUGUUAUAAGUGUCUGGCAGACAAUUUUCUCUCCUGCAUGAAGUAUAAGUUAGUAUUAUGCAAGAUUAAUGCUAUGACGUAUUCAAUGAAAAAAUCCUGUAAAACUUUAUUUGAUUUUUUACGUGCAGUAUUAGAGAUUGGAGGAGGAGGUUAUGCCUGUCCAUACCUGCCAUCUCUUCUAUGUUUUGUUGUGUUUUAGUGAGGGUCGGUUAGAAUGGAUAUCUUUAGGAAAGUUUCAUUUCCUUUAUGUGUUGAUUCUGCUUGGACUGAUAAUACAGACCAGAUAUUACAGAUUAUAUAGAGAACAUGUUAUCUUCUAUGAUUAUUUUUUUUUAAAUGAAUUAAAAUAUGCUAAAACAUUGCAAUUAUACUUCAGAGAAUUUCCCCAACCAUCGCUGUUCUCCUUUCACUGCACAUGUUGCCUGUGUAGAAUUUUCUUUCUUAUUCAGUUAUAAUUUCAGGAAGUUUUUAAAGAACACUGGAUAAAACAUUUGUGUGCACCAUGGAUGUCAUUUUUAUGUUACCUAUAUAUCUGCACAGGAACUCACCUCAGUUUCUGAAAAGAUUUUGGGGCCCUUAACAGAAUGCUUUUCAGCUUUCAUAGUGCUCGAGGUUUUGAGACUUAUGUGGUAGUUACCUCAGUUGUGUGGACCAGUUAACAAGGGUAUGAUCUUGCUUCCAGUUGAGCUCGCCAAUGAUUCUCCUUCCCUCCCUGUUUUGGUUCCCCUUUCCUUGCUAGCAGCUGCAUUCCUUCUCCUAUUCUUCAGACACAUAGCUAACAAAGUCAUUCCAUACUUGCACUCACCAUAUGGUAGGCCAGUAACUCUGUUAUGACUGGCUCUCCUGACAACAUCACUCAAGAUGUAUGACACUGACAGCAGCAUCAUAAUUCACUCUUCCUGUCAGACUGGUUUUCUGAUUUCUUUUUACUGAGUCAUGAUUUAAGAACUACUGUUUUAGAUGAACUCUUGGCAAUUUUGUCUUCUGUGUCUUUCCACAUCUCAUUUGUUUCUUUCCUUAUUCAUUUGCUCUUUUUGCUUUCCCACUCAAUCCAUUUGAUGUCACACCUCAGUUGCUGUCCACCCACUUCCAUUUUUCUUCAUUGCUCUCCUAUCAUAAAUCAUUAGAGUUUUCAAUCUUCUGGCUAUGUUGUUCUGCUACUCCCAGUUCAACUUAAAAGAAUAGAUGUGUUCCUGAAGAGUUUAUUACAUGUCACUCUGUGUGCUGCUAGCAAGAGACAGGAAUAAGAAAAAAUAUGCUUAUAGCAGCAAGUGGUUCUUCUUGUGCAUAGAGGUAUUAGAGUUGUUAGUUUAUCUGGCUAAUCUUGACAAUACAGCAUACUGUUUUAUAUAAUAUCAGGCACUCUGAGUAGUGUUAAUGAGUAUUUGUUUAGGAGAUAGUCAGGUUUUACUUGAGUCUGUAGAAAAAUAAAUUGCACUAUAAAAGAUGAUACUGGAUUUAUUUAUAAAAUGUAAUUAAAUCCAAAAGAAAAAGUCUUCUCAGUUUGUAAUAGCAGAGGUUUAAAAUACUACUUGUGAUUCAUGGUCAGAAUUUUUGUGUGUUGGUCUUGUACUUAACCAUUUACACAAAUGUUUUGGAUAAGCUGUUUUAAAACAAACAAAACCCAUCAACAGCAACAACAGUCCACACAGAUUCAUCCAACUUUAAAGCUAGGCAACUUGAGGUGUAAUGUUCUAUUCCACUGCAAAAUUAAUAUAUCUGAGGUAGAUUUGGUAAUCUGCUGACACAUUUUGGGAUCUUGAAAACACUCAAGGGAGCAAUCUAGCAUUUAAAAGUUUUAUAUAUGAACACUAUGAGUUUGUAUGGCAGUGAUAAUAAUAUUAUUUGCACUGUUAUUGUGUUUUCUCUAGUCAUGCCCGUACUAAAAUUUGUGUUUGCUUUUCUGUGGGAAAUGUAGGGAAUGAGCUCACAGAUAUGUUAGACUUAUCUAUCAGGCAGUGCCUUCAUUAACUAAGUGAUGAUUUCUGUCCGUGUAUUCUGCUUCACAGAACAGUCUUUAGAAGCUAAUGUGACUGGUACCUUGCUUUCCAACGUGAUGUGUGAUACAGUCUUUCUCCUUAAUAUUUCAGUUCUAGGUCUAAAAGGAUAGUCUUGAAUCUUAUGUCUUAUAAAUCUAAUUUUUCUCCAUGUAUACUGUCUAAUCAGUGCUGGAUUUCCAGAGGUUAAAAUCCCUGCUUCACUGCAAAUUUGUGGUACACAAAGGAUGCAGAGUGAUAGCCUAUGGCGUAUCAUUUCUAAGCAUUAUUUCUCAAGAUAAAUGCUAGACAUUUUUUCUCCAUAGCUAUAUCAUAGGAUUUGAUUUCUUAAGCCAGCUUGAUGGUUUUUUUUUGUUUUGUUUUUUAAGGAGCCUGUACUAUAUUGCCGCUACUGUGCUAGAAAUUCUGUUGUUAGCACAAUCACUAGAGAUCAAGGAAAAACUGAUUUACACCAUUGUCUCCUGGAAUUUCAUUGUCUUGGGACCAAGCUUAAUUGCUUUAGGGUUGGAAGGAGCUAACCUGUCCCAAAGCAUUCUGAACUCCUUUCUUUACUAAAAGCAGAAAUGAUGUUGCAAGUCAGCGUGUGAUGGAAAUGAAUGAUUUAUAGUUUGUUAUUGGACUCCUGAGUCUAUUUUUAUGCUUCUGCACUGUUUCCUUUUCCCUGUAUUCCUAUGAAGUUUAUUUUUAAAGACCUACCCAAUUUUGGAGAUGAAAAAUGUUACUGAAAAAUAUUCUUCAAAAAUAGGCUUCUAAACACUGUUAGCAUGAGCUUCAAAGUCAGCUGUUUGUUUCAAGAGUGUGAAACUUGAAGAAGAAAAAAAAAAAACAAAAAAACAACAACAAAAAAAAACAGGUCAGUCUUGAGCAAACUUUUUGAAUGGAAUAAUUUCUUCAGAGUUGAUUUCAAGGAGAUUAUAAUUCCCAAACUUCCUGUUUUCUGAAGGCAUUUAAAUGUUAUAAAUGUCAUCUUACGUUGGCCAAAUAGCAUUUAAUAAAGGAACUUGAGGGUCAGGUUCUUCACUGUCUCAUGGAUGCACACUCCUGUCCUUACUGGGCAUACUGGUGUGAUGUGUGCACCUCCUGAGAUUAUAAGCAACGUUCUCAUUUUUCUUGUUACUUUUGAUCGGGAUGUACAAUAGCUUCCAUUCUGCCAGCAAAUGGAGAAGUGCAAUUAACACCAUCUCUUUAUAUGCGGAAGAAAUUAUCUGAGGAGCAGCCACAGCCACAUCUCAAUUGGGAUACUGACACUGGCAUAAAUGGCAGGUCAGAAAUUGUAAAUAUUUUUCUUAACAUUUUACAUGAUUUGUAUUUCUGAAGAGUAUAAAUUUAAGUAUUAAUUAAAAACUCUGGUCUUUUUCCAAGAACCUGACUGCUUUACCUUUAAUACAUUUGAAUGUGGAAUAAAUUUACACUGGAAGUAGAGACACUUGUAUUCUGCCAUGUGAGCAGAGUAAUUACUGAAAGUACACAAUGUAGUAUUAGGUGUGAGGCUAGAUUCUGAUCCAACUAAAGUGUGAUGUAAACUCCACUGAAUUCCAGAAAAAUAGCUGGGUGGUGAUUAAUUGAACAGAACUGCUGGAAUUCAAAGUCGUGGAAUGAGACUUCAGUAUUCAAAGUGGGAAUGAUUUUUUCUGAUAUGCACGAAAGGGAGAAGUUUAAUUUCAACACUAGUUUAUGACCAAGCAAGAAGUCUUGCUGGAUUGCUAUCUUCUCCAAACCUUCCUUGGAAAUGUGGUAAUUUAUCACUCUUUAAUCUUCUGUAAGUAUCAUAAUGAACUAACACAGUUGUGGGUAAGGGAAUAUGAGAGAGAUGCUCUGCUGUUAGCAUCUGAUGCUCAAUGACUUGAUGGUGUUUGAUCUAGUUACUGGGAGACCUAAUUUAUAUGGCUUUAGGAUAAGGUUUUAUUUUGGAAACCAAAGCAUAGCUUGGUAAUGCCAAUCUCUCAAAUGAUUAUUCUAGAGAAUAUUAAGCCUUAUAGUUUUUAAUUAAAAAUAUUGAAGUGUUUGUCGUUCUGCUGAUCUCCUGAAAAAAGGCACUCUUUAUGGUUUCAUCAUUAGAAUGAACAAUUCAAGUUUCUGUUUAAUAAUAAUAAAAGUUACUUUCCUUGUAAGUUUUAGGCAUUCAGUAAGGUCUUGUAUUGAUCUAAUUGCAACUACCUUAUUAUCUCUUUUUUUCUUUUUGUAGUACAAAUAUACAAAACAAAAACAAAAAAUGAUAACGUGUGCUUCCGUUUGAGAACACCAUCACAAUAAACCUGUAUGGUGACAGCAGUAAGGUUUUCAGAUUGUUUAAUAUCACUUACUAUGCAAAAUCUUAGGGAAUUUAUGGUUUUUCCUCAUGAUCAUGAUGACUAGUAUGAAAUGAUGCUUAUGAACUUAAGCCUCUUCAAAUUUUCUGCUUACAAUUACUUAAAAGUAUUUAUACUUAAUUUUCAGUUUUGUUUCUCCUCCACUAUGAGUUUUCAAUACUUGUGAGCGCAGUGACAAUGAAUUGCUGUUCACUUUCACAGCUAUGUGUGAGAUUUCUAGCUGAUUUCAUUUUUACUCUGGGAAAAUUGGAAUUAGAAGAAAUAAAUGUUGAGAAGCUUGGGAAAGUCUAGGAGGCAAGGACUGUUCAAGGCAUUUUCAGCAGACUACUGAAGCAAAUUCAAAUACAGCUUUAAGGUCACAAAAAAAUUGAAAGAAAAUAAUGAAUCUCUUUCAUCCUUAAUCAGCUCUUCUUCCUUUCAUAGACAUUAUACAGAGCACCUCCACAACUGACUAUCAUGCAACCUAUCCUAGUACAUUUUUUGCCCUGUAACUCUCAGUUCUUUUAUUUUUGUCAUAAAUACAAUCUCUAAGACUAUUUGUAUGAAUUUGUAUAUUUAUAUGUCUCUUAACUACAGAACAGGUGGAUGGAUUUAUUUGGCAUCGGUUUGGCAUCCAUUUUUUGGAAAAAAAGCAACUUCUAAUUUUCUUGUUUAUGUAUCUCUAACUUUUGAAUUCAUUUUUCUUUCACAUUGUGUGCUUUUAGGUAUGAGCAAUACAACGUGGAAUGCUCUUCUUACCUUUCUCCCCUCCCCAUUUGAUUGAGAUCAUGAAGUCAGCACCAUGUAUGGUGGACUGGCUGUUACAGCUUACCUCCUCUCACUUGUUCUCCUCAGAUAGUCUGCACUGCUCUUUGCAUUACUAAAGGUACAAACUGCAAUACACUGUGUUUUGUGGCAGGUGGAUCUUUUACUUGAUUAUAUUCCAGGGCUCUGUAAUGCAAAACAAAAGCUCUACUACUAUUUCAGUAAAAAUUUGAUUGACUGGCUCUACAACGUAAUAGUAAGACAUGCUAGAUUUCUCUUCCAAGUUGUGUAUUUUCUAGCAACACAGCAAUAUGGUGACUCAGUGGGAACUGGGAUUAGCAGCAUUAUUUACACUGAUGACAACAUGCUACUUCCCUAGUAAAUGUCAAAUGGUGUGAAUUUGGCAGGGUAUGCAAUGUCCUCCCAGAAGAACAGACUGUUUUUUUAGGAAGGAAUGGAAAGGAUAAAAAGCACUGCGGUGGAGUUGAAUAGGAAAAUAUUAUUUAAUUGCUACACAAACAGUUUUCAUGUUGCAGCUAAACAGUACAUAAUGCCAGGAUUCGGUUGCUUUAAGCCUUCCAACUUUUGCAUGAAUUUUUCUAUGAAUUAACUGAAAUCCCCCUGUUUUGGAAACCUAUGCCUUAUAUAGCACAUCUCUGAUUUUCUGAUAUAUUAAUUUACAUGUGUUAUGUAGAAGGCUCAAUAAUACUGUUAUAAAAGACUAAGAUUAGUCUUGCAAAAUCAAUAUUGAGGCAUAAAAAAUGUUUCUUUACUCUUCACUUUUUAUUUCCCUAAAGAAAGUAACAUUUCUUCAUUAUCUACUUGACUAUUCUAGUAAAUAACUAAAAUUCUUCUGUGGAACUUUAAAACUGCCUUGAUUCUGGUACCCUAUUCAGGUGUUGGUCUUGUUUUUGUUUUUAACCUUGAGGGGAGUAAAUGCCCCAAAUGGUCAUUAGGUGCUUAAAAGAUUUAUCUACCUAAAGAAAUUUAGUAAUUUUGUGCAGAUCUCCCUUAUGGGACCAGUUCUCUUUAAUAUCUUCAUUAGUGACAUUGACAGUGGGAUCAAAUGCAUCCUCAGCAACUUUGCAGAUGUGUUUACAAGCUGUAUGGUGUUGUCAACAUGACUGAUAGUUGGGAUGCCAUCCAGAGAGACCUAGACAAGCUUGAGCAGUGGGCCCAGGUGACCCUCAUGAGGUUUGCAAGGUCUUGCACCCGGGUCAUGGCAGCCCUCACUACCAAUACAAUCUGAGGGGUGUAAGGAUAGAGUGUAGGCCUGCUGAAAAGCAUCUGGGGGUACUGAUGGAUAGGAAAUUGGACGUGAGCCAGCAAUGUGACCUUGCAGCUCAGAGAGCCCACCAUAUCCUGGGCUGCAUCAAAAUAAGUGAGGCCAGCAGAGUGAAGGAGGUGAUUCUGCCUCUUUGCUCUGCAGUGGUGCCGCCUCACAUCCACAUGUGCAGUGCUCAGUACAGGAGAGAUGGUAGCCUGCUUGAGUGUGUUCAGAGGGGGGCUGCAAAAUAAUCCCAGGAAUGGAACGCCGCCUCUCUGUGCGGGGAGCCUGUGAGAGCUGGGGCUGUUCAGCCUGGAGAAGAGAAGGCUGUGAGGUGACUUGAUUGCUAAGGGGGAGCUAUAAAAAGGAAGCGGGCAGACUCUUUAGCAGGGUCUUUUGUGAUAGCACAAGGAGAAAUGGUUUCAAACUAAAAGAGAGGAGAUUAAGUAGUAGGAUGGGCUUGCUGAAAUGCCAUGUACCCAACUGCGGAACUGUUGAGCAAUUUUUCAAAGAAUGCUGAGGCUGAUUAGAAUGGCAGCUCUGGAUUAUGUUACGGGUAGAUGGCCUUAGAGUUAAUAUACACCUGCUUAUCAGCAGGUGUGUGAUGGCUAUGUC